GUAUAUGAAAGGUAUCGACGAUUAUUUAGACAUAUAACUCCAAUUUUCGACAAAUAAAGCGGUCACUUAUAUAAGUCUUCACGAAUUUCGGUUUUCCAAAAAAUAACGUGUUUUAACUUAAUAAGAGGUAUUUGUAGGGGAAUCUUUUACAGAAAUAAGAAUAUUUUUGGGGAAAUUAUUAAUAUUAAAACAUAAAAUAAUAGUACAACAUGGCUGACUCAGAAUCACGUAAUUCCCAGUCAACCUAUGCAAAUGGGACAGAUGCAAUGGAAUCAAACUACGAUGAGGUAGUUGAUUCGUUCGAUGCUUUGAAGUUGAAUGAAGACUUAUUACGUGGAAUUUAUUCUUAUGGUUUUGAACGUCCCUCUGCAAUCCAGCAACGUGGAAUCAAACCUAUUAUAGAAAAUUACGAUACAAUUGGUCAGGCCCAGUCCGGUACAGGAAAAACCGCUACAUUUAGUAUUGCGGCCCUCCAAAUUAUUAAUUAUGAUCUGAUGUCUUGUCAAAUUUUGAUUUUGGCUCCAACUAGGGAACUUGCCCAGCAAAUUCAAAAGGUUGUUUUGGCACUUGGUGACUAUCUUAAAGUCCAGUGUCAUGCUUGUGUUGGUGGAACCGUUGUUAGAGAUGAUGUACAUAAGUUGAAGGCAGGAGUGCACAUGGUUGUCGGAACCCCCGGUCGUGUUUAUGAUAUGAUUGACAAGAAGGCCUUGUUGACCGACAAAAUGAAGCUUUUUAUCCUUGAUGAGGCUGAUGAAAUGCUUUCGCGUGGAUUCAAAGGUCAAAUCCAAGAAGUAUUCAAGCGGCUACCGUCUGAUAUUCAAGUAGCUCUCUUCAGUGCUACAAUGCCCAACGAAAUCCUUGAAUUGACUACCAAAUUCAUGAGAUCACCAAAGCGUAUUUUAGUGAAGAAGGAUGAAUUGACAUUGGAAGGUAUCAAGCAAUUCUAUGUCAUGGUCGAUAAGGAUUAUAAAUUUGAAACACUUUGUGAUCUCUAUGAGUCUGUCACAAUUACUCAGGCUAUUAUCUACUGCAAUACCAGAAGGAAGGUUGACAUGCUCACCCAAAAAAUGCAAGAGAAGGACUUUACCGUCUCUAGCAUGCAUGGAGAUAUGGGUCAAAAGGAACGUGAUCUUAUUAUGAGAGAGUUCAGAUCUGGAUCUACCCGUGUAUUGAUCACCACUGACUUGCUAGCCAGAGGAAUUGAUGUACAACAAGUCUCACUUGUUAUCAACUAUGAUCUUCCAAUUUCACCAGACAAUUAUAUCCACAGAAUUGGUCGUUCUGGAAGGUUUGGUCGUAAGGGUGUUGCUAUUAACUUCGUUACUCAACAUGAUAGUGAGGCAAUGAAAAACAUCGAAAACUAUUAUAACACACAGAUAGAGGAAAUGCCUGCAGAUGUUUGUUUUCAACCCAUAAAUUCAUCUUUUACAGAUUUCCGAAUACAUGUGAGGUCAUAUUCGAGGCUAUUAAUAUAUUAUAAGAAUUUGAGAUGGGAUCUUGUAUGUUCCUUUUUAAGCAUCUGUUUUGAGAUAAAUAUACUAAUAUAUCGAACAAAGCAUGUGUAA